AUGGAGCAAGAAAACCACAAUGACAAUGAUGAGCACAUCAUCGACAUUACAAGCGAUGAAGAUUCUUCAGCAGUAUCGUCUUUGGACGAGGGAAGCUAUUCUUCAUUAAGCUCGUCUCCGUCUACGGAUGAAGACGGUUCAAGUUCAUCUACGCGAGGCUGUGAUAGUUUUUGGAAUACAAUGCAAUUACUAGUUACUUUGGUUCAGAUUGUUGCAGCAUUAGUAAUAUUGACUCUGGCAAAAGAUGAACAUCCACACGCACUUUUGUUAGCAUGGCUCAUCGGUUACACUUGUGGCUGUGUUACCAUUGCGCUUCUUCUUGUCCAAUCGUGUGUCCGCAAAUAUAACCAAGUUGGGGUUUACUCAAGGACGAGAAUGGAUGGGGUGAUGGAGGUUUUGAAGAUAGUGGUUGAAUGUAUCUUUCUUGUAUGGUUAAUCUUGGGGAUUGUAUGGAUUUGUGAUGCACACUCAUCUCCUUCUGAUGCUCCUAAACUUUACAGGUUCAACUCUCAAUCAUGUCCCAACAAAGAUUUUGUUAAAUUAAUCCUAAUUGAUUAA